AUGAAAAGGAUACGCAACAAGCUCGGUAAAAUUCUUGAAAGUAUCAUCAGCGAUCAUAUGACCAAAAGAUCGGAAGACUUGAUUGCUAGUCGUACUACAACAGGCAUUGACAAGGCAGAAGAGGAGGAGGAAGAUUUUGUUGAUGUACUUCUAAAACUUCAAGAGUCCAAUAAGCUGGAAUUCAACUUCACAACCGAUCGGAUCAAAGAUGUCAUUAUGGACAUCUUCUCUGCAGGGAGUGAGACAUCAGCUACUACCAUAGAAUGGACAAUGUCAGAGUUGAUGAGAAACCCUAGAGUGAUGAAGAAGGCCCAAGCUGAAGUAAGACAAGUAGCCCUUGAAGGAAAGAAAAACAGAAUUGAAGAAGCAGAAGUUCAAAAAAUGGAUUAUUUGAAAUCAGUGGUGAAAGAAACUCUGAGGCUGCACCCUCCAACCCCAUUGCUCCCAAGAGAAGCAAGGGAAAGGUGCCAAAUCAGUGCAUAUGAAUUGCCACUUAAAUCAAAAGUGAUUGUCAAUGAAUGGGCUUUAGGAAGAGAUGUCGAGAGUUGGGGGGUUGAUGCUGAGUGUUUUAAGCCAGAGAGGUUUCAUGGUUCUUCCGUUGACUUUAAAGGGUUUGACUUUGAGUUCAUUCCUUUGGGGCUGGAAGAAGAAUAUGUCCGGGCAUAG